GCUGUAGCAGGUGCUUAGAGAGAUCGUGAAGGUUCCUCAAUCAACCAGAACGACACACGAACAAAUGCUCGUAAUCACCGGAAAACAGCGGCGAGGCUUCGAACAAAAAUAUGGGUUCUUGUUAUGAGAUGUGGCUUGUAUGCGUCUAGCACCCUAAGCAACACAAAUGAGGAACUGACAGCCUAUCCCUAUCCACAUCACCUUCAUACUCGCAAAAUGACGAUCAAAAUGGCAUUCUUCAUCCUUCUCACGUGGAUUUUCCUCGCUGUUCUUACGCCGCCAUGUGCUACCACAGGGAAUCCACAAACUAGAGACUUUUAUCGCGAAUUUGAGGAAGACUGGUGCCGAGAGCGCAGAGCGAGAAUGGACUGGAGAUCCAUGUUGAGCUCGUGUCCAGGCCGUGCGCGUCAGUGGGGAGUCGAGAUGUGGCCAGAGUGGGCUGGGACUGCUUCUAAUUACAGUUACAUCUCGUGGAUUGAUCCCAAGCCUUUGGGGCACUACACAAAGAUUCAUAUUCAAACGGUCAGCCAGACUAACAGGAGCAAGCUGAUUGGCGGAGACUCGUGGCGGGCUGUGGUACAUGGUCCCGCGGGCGUUCCCGUACCGAUUUAUGAUCUUGGUAAUGGUACGUACGAAAUGGCGAUCCUUUUCCACGAGCCUGGUGUGUACAGUAUUCGCCUGUACCUUGACUACACGCUAUGCCAUGGACUCAAGAACCCGCCUUAUGACUGGUUUAAAAGGGGCUGCAGACACGGUUCAUUCCAACCCGAGGGAUCCCUAGGCAGCAUCAAGGAUUAUCUUCAGCAACCGUUCAUGCAGGGUGCAGUCAUCAAUGUGACCCUAUCCGAAACAGACAGCACCGCCAGAGAUAAACAGGCACUUCUUGUUCUUAUGGAUGACAGUCGUCGCUCGUGCUCUCAGAACUGUACGCUUCUAUGGGACGGAUAUGGGCGCUGGCUUGGCAAUGACUGGGUCCCAUUUUUAAACGACCCCAGUCCCCCUCGUUCAGGACACACCGCUGGUACGGGUAUACUGUGGGUUUAUGGCGAUUCUAUCAACAGACUCUUGUACGAAUCUAUCCAAGCCAAGCCGUUGUGUACACAGGUAUUCCGCAGCUGCUACUACUCGCCGGUCUGGGUUUACUCUUGGAAGCACACCCCAGCUGUAGAAAUGGAUCUCAGGUAUGGAGGGUAUGAUUUGAACAUCACCAAAGUCCUGGAGGAGCUUCGAAGUGUUGCCAAGGAGCCGGCCAUGGACCAAGACAGCGCUUUGCUCAUCAACACAGGGAUCCAUCUUUUAAAAAGCACGACCUUUAGGAACUAUCAGAAGAUCAUUAAGGGAAUGAUACGCGUACUGAAGAAGAGCUUUCGUGGAAGAGUUGUAUGGAAGACCAUAACAGCACUUGGUAAACAGACUCAUCUAUAUACCGGGUGUGUCAGGAGGUUCCACACAGAACAGAGGAUCCAGUUGUUCAACGCGUACGCCAUGAAAAAAAUGUGCAAAGCUGGUUAUGCUGUCAUAGAUGUGUACCCAAUUAGCCACGCCUAUCCCGAGGGGACAAAUGACGGGGUGCAUUACAACGCGCAUGCGUUCUACCCGGCCGAGUCCGCUCUAUAUACGUACUUUACAUAGGGGGAGAGGAGGGUGUCUACUUUGCAACAGUUAUUCACAUAAGGGGAGGGUAGGGGAUCAGUUUUGUAUAUCUACUUUACAUAGGUGGAGGGUAUCAACCUACUUGUACAAGUUAUCCACAUAGGGGGAGGGUAGGGGAUCAGUUUUGUAUAUCUAAUUUACAUAGGUGGAGGGUAUCAACCUACUUGUACAAGUUAUCCACAUAGGGGGAGGGUAGGGGAUCAGUUUUGUGUAUCUACUUUACAUAGGUGGAGGGUAUCAACCUACUUGUACAAGUUAUCCACAUAGGGGGAGGGUAGGGGAUCAGUUUUGUAUAUCUGCUUUACAUAGUAAGAGGGUAUCAACCUACUUGUACAAGUUAUCCACAUAGGGGGAGGGUAGGGGAUCAGUUUUGUAUAUCUACUUUACAUAGGUGAAAGGUAUCAACCUACUUGUACAAGUUUUCCACAUAGGGGGGAGUGUUGGGGAUCAGUUUUGUAUAUCUGCUUUACAUAGGUGGAGGGUAUUAACCUGCUUAUACGAGUUAUCCACAUAGAGGGGGGGUAGUUGAUCAGUUUUGUAUAUCUGCUUUACAUAGGUGGAGGGUAUCAACCUACUUGUACAAGUUAUGCACAUAGGGGGAGGGAAGAGGAUCAGUAUUGUAUACCUACUUUACAUAGGUGGAGGGUAUCAACCUACUUGUACAAGUUAUUCACAUAGGGGAGGGGUCAAUUUUAUAUACGUACUUAAAAUAAGGGAAAGAGAUCAUAUUUAAAAAUGUAUUCCACAUAGGGGGAGGGGAAGGGUUGAGUUCUAUACAUGUAGUUCACAUAGGGGGGUUGGGGCGCCAUAUUUUAUUAAAGUAAUUUAUAUAGGCAGAGGGAGGGGGGAUAGCCACAUUAAUUUACUUCUAAAUUUACAAUUGGGUGGAAAGGAGGGGCCCCUACCCCUCUACCCCUUAUUUUUUUUAUGUACUUCACAUUUGCAUUAAUGGAGAAGAGGUUCAGAUUGCCUUCAGAUUUAUCCAGGUAUUUUGAGGGGUUUAAAAAGGCCCAAUCUACCCAGCUCCCUCCCCCUCACCGCCCCUCAUACCAAAAGACUGCGAAACAGCAGUUAAACCAGGUCAAGGCGGAGAUAUAUCAUUAUAAUAAUGACACUGCUUUGUUGGUAAGACAAUGCUUACUUAAACAACCAAUAAAAUGUACUUAAAAAGA